AUGGCCCGCGAUUCCUCCCACGACCACCUCUCCUCCCAUGUCAAGCAUGAGCCCGAAGAUGCCAUGCCAUCCACAUCAGACUUUGUAAAGAAAUUGUACAAGAUGCUCGAAGACUCGUCUUUCGCCGACGUUGUCGCAUGGGGGCCCCACGGGGACUGCUUCGUCGUCAAAGACAUGAACGAGUUCACAAAGUCCAUCCUCCCCCGCAUGUUCAAGCACUCCAACUUCGCCUCCUUCGUUCGCCAACUGAACAAGUAUGACUUUCACAAAGUCAAAAACACGGACGAUAACCAGUUUGGCGAACACAGCUGGACGUUCCGACAUCCAGACUUCCACGCCGAUCGGCGAGACGCUCUUGAGAAUAUCAAGCGCAAAGUCCCCGCGGCGCGGAAAUCAACAGGACGAAGCGCGAACUCGCCCAGUCCAUCAUCCGCCGUUACCGUUGAGUCGCUGCAAGCUCAGAUCGAGCGGAUGACGCGCGACCAGGACGAGAUGGCAGCACACAUCCGCUCGCUUGAGACCAACUAUCAGAACGUGCUUUCUGAAAUGGUCAACUUUCAGCGAAACAUGGCGCAGCAGGACGGGCUCAUGCAGAAUUUGAUUCAGUACUUCUUGCAGUUGGAGAAUGGCAAGCUCAAGACCGAACAGAUCUCGAACCCCGCGUCGGGCUCGUACGCGCCUGACCCCAACCCCUUCCUUCCGGCCAUCGAGGCCCAGCGCAUGAUGGGCGCCUAUCCCGACGGCGACAUCGCGCGCGCGUCCCUCGCCCAGAUGAACGAAAUCUCGCGCCGCGCAGAGGUCGCGGGCAUGACCUUUAGCGCAGGCGGGAGCUCGAACGCCGCCGCCCCUGCCCCCGCCGCCGGCCCCAGCAGCGCGGGCGCAAACCCCUCUGGCGCGGCGGCCGCGGCGGGGGGCGCCCCCGCACGACCAAGCUCGAGGGCGACGACGAUCCUCGCGGCGGCGGCGAGCCUGAUGCCCAACCUCGACGCGCCCGCUCGGCCGAUGAGCAGACAGGACGCGCUCGCACGCAUCGAGGAGCUCUCGCGGAUGCGGCCGACGCCCGGUCCCGCGCUCGACCUCACCCAGAACGCUCCCGCUCCCGCUCCACCUCAGACGCCCACGGCGGCAGGCAAGGCGCGCGCCCGGCGCGGCCAGGCUCAGGCUCAGGCGCAGGCGCAGGCUCAAGCUCAAGCUCAAGCUCAGGCGCAGGCGCAGGAGCAGGAGCAGCAACAGCAGCAGGCGUCGACGAGCGCCGCUGCGCAGGUGCAGGCGGGCCCGCUCGACCCGGCGUUCAACCCGGGGAUGUUCAUGGAGAACGCGGCGCAGUACGGGCUCUCGGUCGACCCGGGCUCGAUGGACCACGAGGGCCUGCAGGUGUUCACGGUCGGGCACCUCCUCCCCCGCUCGUCGCUCGAGGACGCGAACGGGAACUGGUCUUUCGACCCGAGCGUGCUCAGCCGGCCCGAGAUGGUGCUGCCCACACCCGAGGGCAUGGGCGGGGACCCGGAGGAGGAGGGCGAGAGCUCGCAGGCGGGCGCGGCGCCGGACGUCGUGCCGCCGACGCAGUUCAUCAACGCCCCCGCGGCGGGCGCGGCGGGCGCGGCGAGCGGGAGCGGCGGCGGGAUGGCGCGCCCGGCGAGCGCGCAGACUCUACGCGUGCGGCGGUCGACGUACGUGCCCGGGUGGGCAGUGCCGCCGCGGGUGCUGCUGGUGGACGACGAUGUGGUGAGCCGGAAGGUGUCGAGCAAGUUCCUGCAGAUCUUUGGGUGCACGAUCGACGUCGCGGUCGACGGUGUCGGGGCGGUGAACAAGAUGAACUUGGAGAAGUACGACUUGGUCCUCAUGGACAUCGUCAUGCCCAAGCUCGACGGCGUGUCCGCGACGUCGCUCAUCCGCCAGUUCGACCACAUGACGCCCAUCAUCUCCAUGACCUCGAACUCGAAGCCAGCGGAGAUCAUGAAAUACUACUCCUCCGGCAUGAACGACCACCUCCCGAAGCCGUUCACCAAGGACGGCCUCUGGGAGGUGCUCGAAAAGCACCUCACUCACCUCAAGGUCAUCCAGACGCUCUCGAGGGUGCCCCGCUCGGUCGGCGUCCCGCCGCUCUCGGACCCGUCCUUCGACCACGCGCUCGCGAUCCAGCAGCAGGCGCUCCCGCUAGGCUUCCCGCUCGGCGCGGAUGACGAGGACGGGAAGAUCAACCCGCUCGCGGGCAUGGGUCUCACCGACGAGCAGUACACGCUCAUCCUCCAGAACCUCGUCAACGGCGAGUCCUUCAACGGCCUGAGCUCGCUCGAGGGCGCGGCCGAGUCCAGCAAGCGCGCGCUCGACGACGGCGGUACGGACGGGCGCGACGCGAAGCGGAGCCGGUUCGAGGUCAUCGAAUAG